GGAAAGAGCACGGCAAACACAUCGUCGAGUGCUAGCCCUCAAGAUCGGAAGAAGCAUGUCGUUCGCCGGUGUAUCCGUCGUUGCUGACGGCCAGCUGCUUAAGCCAUCGUCCACGGCGCCGGCCAUCUACUCCGGCAAGGCCAGCAGCGGCAGCUGGUGGUAUCACCUGCUCGUGGUCGAAGGUUUCUCACGCGUCAAAGAUACGCCCACGGGAAAGCACAUCAUGGGUCGUUCCUUCUGUGCUGGAGGCUAUCGAUGGGCUCUCAAGUUGUGUCCCAAUGGUGAUCGCAUGGAGACUGCUGGUUUUAUCUCUGUUUUUCUUGUCCUUCACGAGGAUGUUGCGCUGCCCCUAAAUGCGCAUUGGCAGUUUAGCUUCGUCGAUCAGGUUGACGGGCACGAGCUUGCAUGCAUCCGCGCAACCAACAUAGGUGAUUUCUCUAAAAGUGGUCAUGGCUGGGGUCACUAUCGUUUCAUCAAAAGAGAGGACCUCGAAAAGUCGGAGCAUCUCAAGAAUGAUUGUUUCACCAUCCGGUGCGACUUUAUCAUCACCCAAGCCGUUGAUACUUUCAUCGAGGUGCCGUCAUCCAACAUAUGCGACCAUCUGAACCAUCUUUUAGUGACGAAGCUCGGUGCCGAUGUGAAGUUCGAGGUUGGCAGCGAGACGUUCGACGCGCACCGGUGCGUGCUCGCGGCCCGUUCUGCCGUCUUCAGGGCUGAACUCUUCGGCCCCAUGAAGGAGGGAACCACGGCUGAUGCCAUACAAAUACAAGAUAUUGAACCCAAUGUAUUCAAGGCUUUGCUAGGUUUCAUCUACACCGACUCAAUGCCGAAGAUGGAUAUGGGAGGAGUAGCAGGAGAAGCCGGAGCUGAUGUUCUGUGGAUGGAACAAUUGCUUGUGGCGGCAGACAAGUAUGAUCUCCAACGACUAAAGUCGAUGUGUGAAGACAGGCUGUUGAAACACAUAAAUUUGAGCUCGGUGUCGGCCAUCCUUGGUGUAGCUGCGCAACACCAUUGCCACGAACUGAAAGAGGCCUGCCUGGAGUUACUCAAACUCCAGUCGGCUGACGGCUUACGAGAUGUCAUGGCGACCAGUGACUGGCAGCACAUAUCUACGACCGAUCCCUCCGUUCUGAACGAGCUGAUUACCAAGCUUGCCUUGAAAGCUAAUCCGUAGUAACGGGCUUACUUAAUGGAUUAUUGCUCCCCCAAUAGAGAGGUUGUGAUCUACUUACGGUAUACCUUUGGUAUAUGUGCAAAGAAAAUGUCAUAUGUGCUCAUGGCAUGGAUGCUUUAUAAAUUUAGUUAAGUGUGUGUCAAUGUACAUUUCAUGCAUUCAUAAAUAUAUCGUGGCCGGAGGAAAUGCCACAACAAGAGCCUACAUGUACACAUCUGUUCAACUCAGAGCGUAAUCAGG